AUGGCUAUUGAAAGUCUAGAAAAUCUAUUCGCGGGCGGUGAAAGGAUGAGACCAGAAGACGCUGCGCGUGCGUCUCGACUGCUUAAAGGCGGCUUCUACCACGUCUACGGGCCAACCGAAAACACAACUUACAGUACAAUAUGCCAGAUUUCCUACACGGAGCCAUACGCCAAUGGCGUACCGGUCGGAGGCGCCAUUAGUAACUCGGGAGCGCUCGUUAUGGACGCUCGACAACGCCUGGUCCCCCUCGGGGUGAUGGGCGAGCUCGUGGUCACGGGUGAUGGCUUGGCCCGCGGCUAUACUGACCCGACACUCAAUCGAGACCGCUUUAUCGAAGUGACCGUGGACGGAGAGACACUGAAGGCCUAUCGUACGGGCGAUCGGGUCCGUUACCGCCCGACCGAUGGCCAGCUCGAGUUCUUCGGGCGACUAGACCACCAGAUCAAACUGCGUGGCAACAGAAUCGAGCUCGGCGAGGUCGAGCACGCUAUCCGGCGCGAUACCGCUGUUGACGAAGCCGUCGCGCUGCUACGUACUGCUGAAGGUGAAGACCCCGAGCUCGUCAGCUUCAUCACGCUCCACCGAGAUAGAACGCAAGCUCUGCCGAACGGACACACUUCGACUGCGGAUGAGGAAGCGGAACAGGUGGGAGCUUGGGCGGAUCACUUUGACGCAGGCACCUAUGCCGACGUCGAGACCAUCGACCCGGCGCGCCUGGGUCGGGACUUCGUCGGCUGGACAUCCAUGUAUGACGGAAGCACCAUCGACCGUGGCGAGAUGAAUGAGUGGCUGGACGACACCAUGGCUGCCAUCGAGGCCGGUGGUCGUCCAGCAAACGUCUGCGAGAUCGGUACCGGCACUGGCAUGAUCCUCUUCAACCUCCCCGACAGUCUGCAGAGCUACGUCGGGCUCGAUCCAUCUGCCGCCGCCGUUGCGUUUGUGAAGCGCAUGGCCGCGGCACAUCCGACCUUCGCGGGCAAGGUGCAGCUACAUGUCGGCACAGCCACCGACCUGGAGCAAAUAGGCCCACUUAACUCUCCAGACGUUAUUGUGAUUAACUCGGUGGCGCAGUACUUCCCGACUGCGGAGUACUUGUCCGACACUGUGGCCCAGCUCCUACAAGUCGACGGAGUGCAGCGUGUGUUCUUCGGUGACAUGCGCUCGUGGGCCCUGUACCGUGAGUUCGGCACUACCAAGGCGCUACACGCGCUUGGAGAUGCUACGACAAAGGAAGCAGUCCGGGCGCAUCUAGCGAGCACUGAGGAGGCCGAGGAAGAGUUACUGGUGGAUCCUGCCUUCUUCACUCGCCUGCCCGCCCUGCUACCCAAUGCAGUGUCGCACGUCGAGAUCCUGCCAAAGAGGAUGGAGGCGGCGAACGAGCUGAGCUGCUACCGCUACGCCGCGGUCAUCCACGCGCGACAACUCGGAACACCUCCACCGCAGGUCCUCGAUGUAGACGCAUGGACCGACUUCACCGCGGCGGGGCUUGACCGUGAGGGGUUGCGGCGUCUACUUCACACAUCCGCGGAGUCGCAACUGCUGGCGGUCAGCAACAUCACCAACGCCAAAACCGCCGUCGAGCGAUAUGUCAUUGACUCGCUGGAUGCCGAGAGUGAGGACGCACCGGUGGGCGAGAAGGGCGAUUGGCUGUCAUCUGCGCGCAAGUCGGCGCGCGACUGCUGUGCCCUGUCUGCCCACGACCUUGAGCACCUCGCCAGAGAGGCAGGCUUCCGGGUCGAGAUCAGCUGGGCUCGCCAGCGCUCCAUCCGGGGCGGCUUUGAUGCCGUCUUUCAUCGCAUGGAGGGCCUACGACCACUAUUCCGCUUCCCUACUGACCACGAAACCUGCCGGGAGGACUCGCUUGCCAAUCACCCGCUCCACCGGCAGCUGAGCCAGAAGAUCGAGGGCCACCUCCGGGCGGCGCUGCAGGCGGCGCUCCCGGCCUACAUGGUGCCGUCCAGAAUCCAAGUCCUGAGACCGAAUGCCUCUGAACGCCAACGGUAA